AUGGUCGGCUCGACACUGCACGAAUUUGAUAUGGUUCAAAUUGCGAAUGAAGGAGCCAUCAUCUCCUUGUUAGGAAUAAAGCACACUGAUGAAAUCACGGACAAAUAUCGCAAAGAUUUGUUUGGCAGGAAACUACUUUUCAAUCACACCACCGCUACGCAGGCCAUUUUCCUUUCAACCUACGUGGUCGCACACUCGAUGCGAGCCGCUGGAGGUGAGGUAUAUCUCUACUCCUAUAAGAACUCCCGUCACUCUCGCCAUACUGACGAUCUCUCGUAUAUCAUGGGAAUUCAUGCGUUUGAGCCUGACGCAAACGAGAAAGUACUCGCGGAGAUCUACCCGAAACUCUUCAUGGAUUUCAUCAAGACUGGGAAACCGCGCCAAGACUGGACCCUCUCGAGGAGGUUGACAAUUCAUGAUAUUGAUUGUCACGUACGAUAA